AUGGGACGACUAGAAGUCGGAAGUGUCGCUCUAUGUCGGCGACGGGAGGGAUCUCGCGUAGCGCCGAGUCGGGUGCGGCGGCGGACGGCAACAGGUCGGGCCCCGAGAGCCGUAGGUACCUAUCAGGCGGCUCUGCCCACCGCCGGCGUCGGAUGCGCCGUUUGGGCCCGAGGUCGCGGCGCGCGCGCCGGCCGUCACUUGGCCACCGCUAGCCGCGCGCGCCUCACCUGCGCGCCCUACGCCCCUGCCCCUGCCGCGGCCCUGCGCCCCGGCCCGGCCGCGCCCCCCGCCCGCCCCGGCGCGCCGCCGCCGCCGCCGCCGGGGCGCCCGCUGGCCCGCCGCCGCCCGGGCCCUUCCCAGGGCGCCGCACACGGCCCGCCACCGCCGCCGGCCUGCCCGGGGCCCGAGCGGCGCCGCGCCAAAGCCGAGCGCCGAGGCGGCGCGGCGCGCGCGUCUCUCGCGCUCCCCGCG